GAGGCACUAAUUGCCGGUCUUGACCCGAACAGUCGCGUUCUAUGGGUAUCUAACCUGCACAGGAAAACGCUGAAUCAGAGGCUCACUGUUAUGGCAAAUUCAUCCUGCGUCGUCUCUCUUAAAGCUAUUCUUCCUGGAAAACUGGCUCCCAGCUACCGGGGUGCCUUACUUCGCAUUGCCUAUAAGGCUAUACUGUCGUGGAAAAUCUCGUACUGUCUUGGUGGUAACAGCCCCGAUCAAGAGGGUUGUGCCGUAGCCUCCGAUGUUCGAAUGGUCCACCUGCCCUUUCGUGUGUUGCCUUCAUUCCACGCUUACUAUACGCCCACCCUCUCCUCGACGUCCAUCUCUUCCUUCCUCACAAGUGUGGCGGUGACAGAGAGCGAUUUGGACUCAAGCAUCCAACCGGAGUCUACCAAUCCAUUUUCCGUUUUCUACAAAAUGCCCGGCACCCCCAAUUCAAGCGACGGUGGUGGUGGUGGUGGCAGCAACGAUAACUUUAGCCUCCGCCUUAAUGACUUCCUUCCAGGAGUCAAUCUCCAUCCUCUUGUUGUUGACUGUCUGACGGACGCAUUCAAACAAUCACUUCAAACCAGCUCGGAUUCCACUACUCCGGAGAAUCUUCCUCAGGCGCAGGAGCCUGUACGACGGAGUAGUCGCAAAUCCUCACCACCCCGAUCACCCUCAACUGUGUUUGCAGAGUUGGUUUCGUCCAGUUCAGAGUCAACCUUUGCAAUAUCGGCGCCUGAGGGUCACAUUUGUCGUAUCGGGCUCUAUAGGACGGCGGCACGUUUGGGCGACUGUCUUAACGGUUACCUGGAUUUCCAAAAUGCAGUGGUUCCUUGUCUUCAGUGCACCGUUCAGCUGGACGCCUACGAAUGCGUCGAUCGUAUUUCCGAGGUUCCUGUCAAGCCAAAUACGCAAACAAAUUCAUCUGCUCUACCCCUCUUCACCGUGCCAAUUCAGGUCGCCUUUACCGGAGACGAAAGAGCUCCCCCGAAACUACCUGAGAACGCCCGGCGAACCUCUUGGUCUGAAGUGCAAUUGGAUUGCGCAAACAUCCUCUAUUUGCCUUUUUCCAUCAACGUUCCCUUAAAUGCGCCUCCAGAGUUUGGUCUUCGAUCAAAUUUCUUUAAGGGUACCUUCCAAGUUCGCUGGGGCCUAAACUUCCAGUUUAAGACAUCCAAGACUCGACAGCGGUCUCUUUCAGACUCAUCUGAAUCCCCUGGCUUAUUUGAUAAUUUUAUCCGCAAACACUCUGUUCGCAAGAAAAACGAUUUCACCACAGUCGUUUAUGAAGUUGGUUCUGUCUUCCCAUGGGUCCUCCCUAUAAGUAUACUGCCAAGCGGCCCUGGGACAUUCGUCUUUCCCUCGGACUCUGCCGCUGACUUCUACCCCGCCCUGCCCGUCUGUUCCUAG